GAGACGGUAAUAUUACUCUGGGUUCAUCAGUUCAAGAUGUAUGCUACACGCUAUGAUCAGAAUUAAUCUGAUAGAAGCACCAAGAAAGAAUUCUAUAUAAUUUCUUAAGAUCAAAUGCAUUAACAUCUAAUUAAAUAUGCUUAAGAAAGGAAGUAUUUUUUAAAAGGAUUCUAAUACAUUUUUCAAAAGUAAAGGGAAUGAACCACUUACAUAAACUGUAUUUUUAAUGUUUUGUCAAGUGAAAAAUCAAUUUGGGCACGUAUUUUUCACUUCCUUCUGUUUAGAACCGCAGUAUGUAACAUGAAAGAUUUCACUUGAGUUGCUCUGCAGCAAGGCAUGAAUGCUGUUAGGAGGAUGAAGCUGGAGAACAGAAACCCAUAGGGCAAAUGAUAACUGGAAGACUGACUACCAGAAAAAAAAUGCAGGUGUUCCUGAUCAUGUCAGCCAGAAGAAAGGUCUAGAAAAAAAUUUCAGGAAGGGAGAGUUAAAAAUGACAGCAUUCUUCGAAACAUGACCAGAGAUCCCAUUUAAAGACCACAGGAGUUUUUCCCCUUCGCUUCAGGAGAGCGAAUGUUUGAUUUCAUCCCUCACCAGAGCUAUAGUGGGCCACCCUGCAGAUUGAGGAGGGAGUAAAAAAGCAGAAGGCGCUGGCACUUGAAAAUUUAAUCUCCACUGGGAUUGUCCAGAGAGAGGAAGCCUCCAUGGAAGAGGCGAUUGCUGGCCACUGCCAAGGAUGCUUCAACCUUGCUGAUGUUAUGUACUUCUCAAAGAAGGGGUGUGAGGCAGUUGCAGAAGAUGAAGUCACCCAGCGGUUCUCCUCUGAGGAGCUGGUGUCCUGGAAUCUCCUCAGCAGAACCAACGCUGACUUACACCAUGUCAGCUGGCAACUGACCAUUGUGUGGGUCGUUGGGAUCCUAAUUCGGUAUUGUCUUCUGGUGCCUUUCCGCAUCUGCUUGUCUGUUUUCAGCAUUCUCUUGCUGGUCUUAGUCACUACGGUAGUAGGACGGUUUCCGAAUGGCAGAAUUAAGUGCUGGCUGAGCAACCAGGUUCAGAUGAUAUGUGCCACAUUAGGUGUCCGAUGUGUGGGUGGUCUUGUUCAUUUCCACAACAGGGAAAACAAACCACGAGGAGGAGGCAUCUGUGUUGCCAACCACACAUCUCCAUUAGAUGUUCUAAUCUUGGCAAGUGAUGGAUGCUAUUCUUUGGUUGGCCAGGCACAUGGAGGGCUUCUGGGACUCAUUCAAAAAUCUUGCAUGCAAACCAGUCAGCAUGUUUUGUUUGAACGCUCAGAAAUGAAAGAUCGUCAUCUGGUGAGGAAAAAAAUUAGAGAACACAUUGCAGAUAAGGCCAAAUUACCCAUUUUAAUUUUCCCAGAAGGUACGUGCAUAAACAACACAUCAGUAAUGAUGUUUAAGAAGGGAAGCUUUGAGGUAGGAGGGACCAUCCAUCCAGUAGCAAUCAAGUAUGACCCCCGCUUUGCAGAUGCAUUCUGGAACAGCACAAAGUAUUCCAUGAUGACCUAUGCUUUUAAUGUGAUGACCAGCUGGGCUAUUGUCUGUAAUGUGUGGUACCUGCCACCGAUGAUCAAAGAGGAAGAAGAAGAUGCUGUUCACUUUGCCAACAGAGUCAAGGCUGUCAUUGCUGCUCGAGGAGGAAUGUCUGUGCUUCCUUGGGAUGGGGGACUGAAAAGGAAAAAGGUCAAAGAGUCUUUCAAGGAAGAGCAACAGAAAAAAUAUUGCCAGAUAGUAAUAGAAAAUGGAUCUGUGGGAAACAGAAAUGUUUGUUAAUUUUGUAUUAUUUAAUGUUGGUUUAUCUCAUUUUUCUGUGACUUAUCUCCACCAGACAGUGGGCUAUUUUUUUAAUAUUAAACCCAACGUAUUUUCCUUCUGUCCCUGUAAGAUAUUUUGCAUACGACACAGCAGGUAAACCAUAAAGAGAUAGUAUUUUGCAUUAAAUAAGGAUAUAAUUUUAUAAAUGAGAUUUACAAUAUACAAUUAUCCUAUAAAUAGGAAGGUUUACUAGUAAAAUUCUCUGCAUUGUUGAGUGGGAAGAAUCUGCAAUAAAAUUACUUAGGUUCAUUAAAAUACCAUUAUAUUUUUUUAAACCUUUGAGUUAGCCUGAAGACUUAAAUAGUAACUUCUCAACUUGUAAUAAAACACCACUGUACUAGCCUCUCUCAACAACUUAGACUAGCAGUUUUCCUGUGUGCCACAGUCACUGUGUUGCUGGAGAGAGAGAGUCCUGAUGUCAGAUGUGGAGUUCACUAAAAUAUUUUUUUCUGAAUUGCAAGUUGUAGAGGAAGUGUUGACUGUCAGAGGGAAAGAGGCAGUCAUUGACUUUCCCCUCUGUAUCGCAAGACCCGUGAUGGCAACAUAGGAAGUUUUACAGGGUCCCACUAACAAACAGCAGAACAGUGUCCAGGGCAGUCUGUCCCUGAUGCCUGGGUGUGUGAUGCUGGGAUAAAUUAGUCACAAGAAAGGACAAUGUUGUAGAAAAAUACAUAUUUUUUUUAAAAAAAUAUAUUUUGUCUUCUGAUUUUGCCAUGUCCCUUUGUUACACAAAUUAAAGAAAACCUAUGACAUGACCUCUGUUAUUCUCUGUCGUAUUUAUUUCUGGAUAGCGACCUGCCUGUGAUAAUGCUUGAUGUGAAGGCUACUGAUUUGCUCUCUGGCAAGCCCACCCUCCAGAAAUAUACAGAGCAAGUGCACUUAAGGAAUCUGAGAUGGAAAUAUUUCUGUCACCCAUCGUAUUUCUUUGUAUAAAAUAUUUGCUCUCCUGUUGAGUAGCUCCCACGUGGAAGAAUCUGGCUUCUUUAAUGAUCUGAACAUCACUAAAGAAGCACACAUGGAUAGGUGUUAUUUUGCCCAAGCUGCUUUAAGACAAAUGAGUUGGUAAGGACACUUAAUAAAGUUUACGUGACAGCAGCCCCCUGACUGAGGUCUCAGCAGAGAUGGAGGACCUGUCAUGGUGAGCAUAAUACACCCUGCAGAAAGACAGAUGCACAGAUGUUCCAUUGCAUUGCCCAGCCCUGGAGGGUCUAGGAAACUAAUAGCUAACAGAGGUGGUAACGGCCCUGAGGCUGCAUGGCACAGAACUGAGCUCUCUUCUUCUGUGGCCAGGCCUGGUGUAUCAUCCCAGGGUCUAGUUGUUACAGGUAUGUGAAUUCUCUUGGUGGAUCAGUCAGUUCAAAUGUUGGGGUCAUAGGUAAGCAGUAGGAGAAACUGCCCUUUUAAAAAGCUGUUAGCUCCCCAGGUAGGGAGAGUGCUAGCAGUGUGCCUACAGAGGAAAGUUGCUUCAGACUCUCCUAUUGUGAAAGAGGUUCUGCUUGCUCCUGACCGUAGUAAGCUGUGCUUCCAUGUCUGUUGAAGCUGUUGAUUUGGUUUCCAAGUAUAAAAAGCUGAAGAAAUGUCACAGACUAUCCUGACAACUGGUAAAUCUCUUCAGUGUGCCAGAGCUUAAAAUUGGGAGUUUUUCCUUUUGUGUGACUGAUGUCUGAGAGUUGCUAACAGAGAUUGUAGUUGUAUGCAAGCGGUUAAGACAAGUGUUGGGAGCAUCCUUCCCACACUACUGCAUGCUUUCUUCCCGCUUGGAGGUAAAAGGGGAGACGGAACACGCAAAAAGAGGGACCAGAGACAGGAAAAGAUGGGGUGAUAAAGAAGAACUAUUGGAACAGCAGUUUUCUUAUUUGGGCUUUGCUUCUGUAAGACAUUAGAAGAUGACGGGCCUCUUUUCCUGUCCUGCAAUACUUCCCCAGCUCACCAAGAGCAGAAGAGCCCUUGAAUGUGUGAUCCUCAUUAUGGUUACGACUCCAACUCUUGUAAAAAGUAUAGCUCAGACCUCUGAAUGUACGAGUAUUACAGGUCACCUGUUGAGCUGCGGGAGGAGUGGUGAUGUUGUCUGUAUUUUCUCUGCCAUUUUUUGGCUGUCUUAACAAAAGAAGUGAAAAACUGUGAAGUAAGUGCUUACGUAUAGAAUAGGGAAAUUUAAAGCAAGUGAUGAGCUUGUCAACAAGAGAAGUGGGGUUUGUUAGCUGCCAGUAAAAAUGCCAACUUGACUUAAACUUUUUUGUCUUGCCCUGCUUUAAAGAAAUGUUUCUUGGUUUUGGUUGUGCUUUCUUUACUUGCCUCCCAUCUCCCCCUUUCCUUUCUCUUUCUAUUCUGUAUUUCAUUUGCAUUUAUCAGCAGUAGCCUUGUAAUUGCUUUUAACUGAAAUUGUGUACUGCCCUUAGAGUACUGAGGUUGUGAAGGAAUUGAUUGUUUUCCAAAAGGACACCACAGAUAAGUGUCUCUUUCUCCUCCAACAGGAGGAUAAGGUAACAGUAAAAAGAACACGUUCUCAUGAUAGUAUGUGAGUGGGAAGCUGGUAAACUGCAGCUUAUUUUUCACAAUCAAAGAACUCACACUUGUGUUAUUCCUCCUCUUUGCUUAUCUUCCACUGGUCUUGCAGCAGCCAGGCUUCUGAACUGUUUUUGCUCCUUUUUUCUCUGUUCCUUUGCAGGAUCAAGUGUAUCACAGUCUCAUGCUGAUUGGUGCCAAGUGAUAGGUUUAGAUGGAAGUGAAUAAAUAUUUCAGUGGAUCAGACACUCAAACCCCCUGCCAAAAACCUUAAAAAAAUAUCUAAGUAACAGGGGUUUUGGCUUUUUUAUUAAUUGUUUGUGCAAGCUACAUUGGAGAAGCCUGUGGCUCUGUCUUCCUCAAGAGCACAAACUUCCUCUAUUGUUUACUAUUUAAUGUAUUUACCCUUCAGUUCCUUAUCGAAUGAGCCUUGCACUUCUAACUGACUGGGUCGCUUCUUCAAAUAAAACACGAGGGCCUUGUGAUACGGCUAACCAGUGUAGGGAAGAUGUACGUUAUAAAAUGUCGCCUUGCUUUGUAGUUUGUUGCUGUUGGCUAAUACCUACAUACUGAGCAUCUAAGUGAUGCUAACUGUUGCUGUGGCAGUAACACAUCAUGUUGGUGCAACUGAAGCAAACCAAAGUCCUAGGUACAUUCAUCCUGAACUUCUGAGAUGCCUAAGACAGUGGGCCAUGAGUUGAAAGUAAGUGUAUGUUGGAACGAGUGAAUGAAAUCAGACCCUCUCGCUAUGUGGGUUUGUCAGAGACUGAGUCAAAAUAGCUGCUUAUGCUGACUUUUGAAGACAUUACUGUCUGAUCAGCUGGUGCAUGGAAAGCCAGAUACACUUAUAAACCCCACCUUUAGGUCCUUAAUGACAGUUGUGCACCAUGCCCAAGGUGCAGUGCAGAAUCUUUGUACACAACAUGGGUCCUGGGGUGGUCUGGGACCUUAAGUCACUUGGGUGCUACGCUGCUUCUGCACUGGACUGAAGGCUGGAGCUCUGUCCCCCGUAUUUAAGGUCCUGAACCUUGAAUAAGUGAGGGCAGCUCUCAGAAUGCCGUAAAGGCUGAGUCACUGUGUCUAACAUGCCUCUUCUUCCUCAAGCAGGCUUCCAAAACUGGAGCUUGAGAAGGAAUCUGAAAGCAUUUUUUUGGGUGGUUGCAUUACUAAAUUUUCCUUGGUUGGGAGUAGAAGACGUAAAGAUGACUUAUGCUUUGACCCCUUUAAACUAAAUACGCUGUCUGAAAUAGCUUUAAUGUCAGGUUCAUAUUUCUGAGUUUUCAUCCCUGGACUGUGGGGAGGUUAUUUAGACAUUACCGCUAUUAAUGUUUAAAGUAUAUUGUGCUGCUGUGCUACAAGGGUAAAGUAACCUGAAUCAGGUUGUAACUAUGCAUUGUUAAGCAGUGUAAGGCGAGUUUCUGGGUAAAUGACCAUCAUUGCCUUAAUGUAUUUAAGCAUUUUUUUUAGACAGGUUCUCUAAAUUUCCUGGGCCUCCAAGAACAUAUGUGACUCAAAACCAAUAUAAGACAGAGUUUUUGAGGUCUCUUUUUAUAUAUAUGAAUAUACAUUCUUUUUCUUUUCUGUGUGUGUGUGUGUGUGUGUGUAUAUAUAUGUACUCACUUUGUACGUAUAUAAAGGGACGCCCAGAUGCCUACUAUCAAUUAGGAGCAUAGCAUGAACAUGAGAAAGAGGAGUUAAUGAUAACAAUAGAAACAUUACAGAUUAUUAGAAGACAUAGUGACCUCUUGUACUCUGUGAGAGCUGAAUGGGAAUUUGCUGAAAUGUCUAAUAUUUCACUGUAAUGUACCUGCACGUUAAGUCUGAUUUAUGUAGCUAGAAUCCUUUUAUUCUCUUGACUCCAAAUGUCUUUUUCUACAGCUGUAUCUGUCUUACUUUGGAAAGGUCUGAAAUGCUCUUCUCUCUCCCACUUCUGCUGACUUCUACGUUAUUGGGAGACAGUGGUUUUUCCUAACCCGCUGUUUUUAAACGUGUUUCAGCGAUUGCACAGGCGAGCGUUAUAAGAAAAGUGCAAACGGUGCCUCCCAGUGGCGGCUGGGUAACAGUAGCAAACGCCCUUGCACAGUCGCCUCGGCGUGUUUCAUUGAAU